AUGAUCGAGCUCGGCCCGCAUUCGUCCGAAUGCUUCUUCGAAGAUCUGCACCACGGGGACCAAAUGACGCUCACCUACCAGGUCGGCGGCGGUGGCCACCUCGACAUCGACGUAACGCUCUACGAUCCUUCCUCGCACGCACUGUUCAAGCAGGAACGUAAGGACACUGGAACGUACUCCUUCACCGCUUCCUCCGACGGUCGUUACACGUACUGUCUCAGCAACGAGUUCAGCGCAGUGUCGGAUAAAACUGUUUCGUUCAACGUUCACGGUAUCAUCUAUGUUCCAGAUGAAGGGGAUAUGUUGCCGAUCGAAAGGGAGAUUAGGGAUCUAGCGGCGGGAUUGCAAGCGGUGAAAGAUGAACAGGAAUACCUCGUCAUCAGAGAAAGAGUUCAUAGAAAUAGUAAGUCCACACACACCCCCCUAAACCCACCCACAACAUGA